AUGGGCUGGUUCCCCGACGUGCCCGCCCCGGCACCCCCCGCCGCCGCUGCCGCCGCCGCCGCCCCCGACACCCACGCCCCGGACGCCCACGCCCACGCCCUCGCCCUGCCCGCCAGCCCCCCGCACGCCGACGACCCCGGCUAUGCCACCGCCCGCCGCGCCUGGUCGCGUCUGCGCUUCGUGCGCGCCGGCUGGUUUGGUGUCGACGAGGCCAUGGCCUACAUCGCGUACUACUACGACCACCUCGCCCCCCUCACGCCCAUCGUCCUGCCCGACUUCCGCCGUCCCGCCGCCCACCCGUCGCUGCUGGCCGAGGAGCCCGUCCUCACCGUUACCAUGCUGACCAUCGCCUCGCGCCACAUGAAGCUGGCCGGCAACGGCGCCACCUCGCGCGCCUACUCCAUCCACGAGAAGCUGUGGUCCUACCUCAAGGGCAUGAUCGAGCGCCUGAUCUGGGGCCAGGAGAAGUUCGGCGCCCCGGCCGCCCAGCCACGCCCGUUCCCGCCCGCCGCUGCUGCUGCUGCUGCUACUGCUGCUGCUACUACGCCCCCGUCCAAGCGCAGCGGCAACCUGCGCGCCCUCGGCACCGUCGAGGCCCUGCUGCUGCUCACCGACUGGCACCCGCGCGCCCUGCACUUCCCGCCCGGCGACGACGAGAACACCCUGCUCGACAUGGACCCGCACGCCCUGGCCCCCGACACUGCCCACCACAAGGACCAGGACCAGGACCAGGACCAGAACCAGAACGGCCCCCCCGAGGGCCGCCUGGCCUUCUACCAGUGGCUCGAGCCCGUGUGGCGCUCCGACCGCAUGUCGUGGAUGCUGCUCAGCACCGCCCAGGCCCUCGCCUUCGAGCUCGGCGUCUUCGACCCCAAGACCGACGCCCGCCCGCCCGCCGACCAGCUGCCGUCGUGCGAGCCCGUCCGCAAGCGCCGCCUGCGCCGCCUCAUCCUCGUGUACGUGUCGCAGAGCAGCGGCCGCCUGGGCAUCCCGUCCAUGCUGCCGCUGCCGCAGUGGAGCCAGGCCGCACCCGCCGACCACGACCACGGCCACGACCUCGACCUCACCGUCGACCGCGUGCUGGACUGCUGGCUGGACAUCUCCAAGAUCAUGUACAACAGCAACCAGGUGCUGUUCCCGUCCAAGGAGUACACCACCAACCUGAUCAAGACCGGCCAGUACCGCGACCGCAUCGCCGAGUUCGCGCCCUCGCUGGCCGACUUCAGGCGCAAGUUCGACCGCAUCCCGAUGUCGCCGCACAUGCGCCACAUCCUGACCAUCGAGUACGAGUAUACCCGUGAGUGCCCCCUUUCACCGACCUGCUUCCGUUGGCCUAACGUCGCAGGGCUCUACGUCAACUGCCUGGCGCUGCAGGCCGUCGUCGACCGCUGGACCACCAUGUCGCACGAGAGCACGCAGAACCACGCCAACGGCGCCGGCUCGACGUCGUCCGGCACCGUGCCGCUGCGCGUGCUGCUGGACCAGUACGAGGUCAACGAGCCGUACAUCCAGGAGGUCGUCGACGCGUCGCGCAAGAUCCUGCAGACCGUCCUCGACGGCCUCGUCCCCGGCGACCGCCUGAAGCAUGCCCCCGUGCGCACGUUCUUCCGCGUGCUCUCGGGCAUGAUCUUCAUCCUCAAGACCUUCACGCUCGGCGCGAAGGAAGACGACGUGCGCGUGUCGCUCGAGCUGCAGGACCGCACCAUCGAGUCGCUGCGCACCUGCAUCGUCGACGACGUGCACCUCAGCGUCACCAUCGCCGACCUGCUGCAGCUGCUCACCGCCAACAUCCGCACGCGCUUCCUGCGCUUCGCGCCCUUCGACCGCCUCGACUGCGCCAGCCGCGAGCGCACCCCGCCGCCCCUGCCCUCCUCCGACGACGCCCACCCGGACUUCCGCUGGCCACCGCCGCCGCCGCCUCCGCCACCGCUGCAUGCCCUCGCGCCGAACAACUCGACCACCGCCGCCGCCGGCUUCCCGUUCGACGCCAACAGCGCGCCAUCGACUACCAACGACCCGCUGGCCAGCAUCCCCGCGCGGCCCAUCGACUCCACCAACCUCCACGUAUCCUUCAUGCCGCCGCCGCCGUCGGUCUUCUACAACUACUACGACCACAGCAGCACGUCGCCCAAGCUAGAGCAGCAGUCGCUAGACGACGCGGCGGCAUCAUCGUCAUCCACCACCACCGUGGCGCCGCACGCCCUCAGCGCCACCGCCGGCCACGCCGCCUCCACCUCCAUGUCCGACUGGUUCGCGCUGCCGCUCGACCAGUUCUUCAACAGCGCCACGGCCGGCGUCGACCAGGGCCUCGGCGGCACCGGCCCCAUGGUCGGCGAGUUCGAUAUGCUCGAGGUUCUGCUCAAGGACCAGUACACGGACGCCGGCGCGGGCACGGGUGCCACCAGCGGCGGUGGUGGUGGUGGUGGCGGUACCAGCGCGUCGGGCGGCUCGACGGCCGUGACGGCGGGCGGUGCCAGCGGGGACAAUGGUGGGACUAAUGGCGCUGGGCUGUCGUCGCAGUUCCUGUGA